AUGGAUUUCGCUGAUGAGACAAUGAAAAAAAUAGCAAUAUUGAAUCAAGAAUUAUUUUUUAGAGAACAAAUUAUAGAAGGACUGAAAGCUACUAUAAAUAAUUUCGAAUUAAAUAUCAAAUCAUCAGAUGAAGAAAUACGUCUUAAAAAAAAGAAACAAGAGUUUAAAGCUAUAUCCAAUCCGUGGAGAAAUCUUUUUGAUAAUUUAAAUAAAGAAAUAAAGAAUAAAAGUUCAAAUAAAGGGCUACAAAUAAAUAAAUUGAAACAAGAAAAACAAGAUUAUCAAUCCAUAAUUGAUAAAUUGAAUCUAGAGAAUGAAAUUAAGACACAAUACAGUUUUAAGCAUCAGAAUAAUGAAACUAAUUUACUUUAUGAACUUGAUAAAUUAAGGCAAGAAAAUGAAAAUUAUAAGAGCAAUUUAACUAAACUCAAGCAAGAAAGAGAGAAGAAUAAGGAUAUUAAACAGUUAAAUAAGAAAGAGAAUGAUGAUAUAAUUGAAGAAGAAUUAAGUUUAGUAAUGGGAAGCAAUAGUAGUAAUCAAGAUUCAUUAGAAUUUGGUAUUGAAAAAUUUAUAAUUGAUUCUAAAGCUCUGCUCUAUGCUGAAAUUUUUGAGCAUUUAUCAAAUACAUAUAAUGAGCAGUUACCGAAAGGAUGCAAUUUGUCAGAAACAAAAUAUAAAAAGGUUAAAUCACUUAUCCAAAUAUUGUUAACCUUAGAAGAAAAAAAUUGUAUAGGUUUAGAUUUCAAAAGUUCGAAAAAUGAAAAUGAAGUGAUUACAACUUUAAUUAGGAACACAUACCAUAUUGUUGAAGAAAAACCAAUUGAUUAUAAUAUUUUAGAUUUAUAUGACACGGCCAUAUACUUUAAAAACACACUUAAUAUUAAGGGUGGUUUGUUUUAUGAUAGACACAUCACAAUGAAUAUACCUAGCUUAUUAUUACAAAAUUAUUCUAUUCGAACAAUCCAAGUAAUUGAGAAAAUUUUGCAAACUGCGCAAACAGUACUAUUAAUUUUUGGCCCAUUUGGGCGGAACUGUUUAUUAUAUUUGAUACAAAAUAGUCAAUUUUUAGAGUAUAUUCCAACUUUUGAAGAAAUUUUAGGAUUCACAACUGAAGCAAAAAGAUAUUUCACAUCACAAUUAGAUAACAUUAUACAAGAGAAGCAGCUUUAUAUUGAUGUUUCGGGAUUGUUGAGUAAAAAAAGUUCACUACAUGAACAAGAAAUAAGUAGUCAGGUUGUUAGUGAGAAGGGUAGUGCUAAUGAACGAAAAUAUGAUGCGAACGUUCCACAUGAUGUACAUACUUGCGUGGAGGAUGAUUGA